AUGGCUACACACAAUGGGUUUCCGGAUUCGGGAGCCGUAUCGACUCUGGGCACCAUGGCGGACUCCCAGGGCACGAGCUUGGCCACAGAGCGCCUUCGCGAUACCCUCAGGACGAAUGGAGCCACGGACAAUGUCACCGAAGCGACGGGCCUCCUGGAUUCCGAUGAUGGCCACGAUGCUCCUCGCAAGGACAGCUGGGCUGUCAUGAAGGAUUUUGAAGGGCUUCCAUGGUGGAGGAAACCAGCUGUCUGGUGGCUGGUGGCACCUUACGCCAUGUUCACGUUGGCUUUUGGGGGCUCCUUGGUCCCCAAGAUCAAUCUAAUCAUCACUCUCAUCUGUGACCGGUACUUUGCCGAUAGAUCAGCAGCAGAUCCCAGCUUCGUCUUCACGCCUGUUAUCCACGGCGGCAACAACCCUCAAUGCAACAUCCCCGACGUACAGCGCUUAGUCGCAAGCUUCACCUUGUGCAUGAGCGUCUUGGUGGGCAUCAUCAGUGCUUUCAGCGCACCCAAGCUCGGAGCCCUCUCGGAUCGAUAUGGUCGCACGCGCAUGGUGGCCAUCUGUUCCAUCGGCGGUGUCAUUUCCGAGAUCACGGUCAUCCUGGCCGGAAAGUACCCCGAUACUAUCCACUACAGCUGGAUUUUGCUCGGCACCUUCUUCGAUGGCCUGGCCGGUUCCUUUACUGCCGGCAGUGUCCUCAUCCAUUCGUACGCCAGCGACUGUACGCCCCCAUCCAAGCGAGGCGUUGCCAUCGGUUACCUCCACGCAUGCCUGUUCACCGGUCUGGCCUUUGGGCCUCUCCUUGCCGGCUACUUCGUCAAGUGGACGGGAUCCUUACUGUCCAUCUUUUACGUCACUCUCGGUUGCCACAUCGUCUUCAUCCUGUUCAUCUACUUCGUCACGCCCGAGUCACUUUCCCGGAGGCGCCAGCUACUAGCGCGCGAGAAGUACGCCAGGGAGCAAGAGGAGGCCGGGGAAAUUCCCCGUUGGGCAGCUGUGGUGUCCAAGUUCGUCCCGUUCGGCAAGCACUUCGUAUCCGUCCGCAGGGCGAAUCCUUUUGCUCCUCUGAAGAUUCUGUUUCCAUCUGGUUCUCAACACAAACGGCUGCGUCGCAACCUUCUCACGCUGGCACUCAUCGACAUGUCCAUUAUGGGAGCUGCCAUGAGCUCCGGUACGAUCCUGAUCUUGUACACCGAGUUUGUGUUCGGCUGGGGCAACCUCGAGGCCUCGCGGUUCAUGUCCCUGGUCUCGAUGGUCCGUAUCUGCGUUCUCGUUGGUAUUUUCCCCGUCAUCAACUACGUUUUCCGCACUCGCCCUGCAGCUCGGCGAAGCAGGGAAUCUGGUAACCUGCCGGUUGACGAGAAGAACGUCGGCGCCGACGAACUAGACGUCUGGGUCUUGCGGAGUGCCCUCAUUUCCGAUGUUAUUGGCAUUGGUGGGUACAUCUUUGCUCGUACCCAGGAGUUGUUCAUCCUGUCGGCCGUCGUUGCGGCCUUUGGCGGUCUCGGAUCGGCGUCCAUUCAAGCUUCUAUGAGCAAGCAUGUUCCUACUGAGCGGGUGGGACAGUUGCUGGGAGCUGUUGGGCUGCUUCAUGCUCUGGCUCGUGUCUUCUUUCCUAUCAUCUUCAAUGGGCUGUAUGCGGCUACAGUGUCGACAUUUCCGCAGGCCUUCUUUGUGUUGUUGUGUUCUAUCUUUGCGGCUGCGCUGGUGGCGUCUUUUACUGUUAGACCUCAUGUAUUUAUGGCUGAGGAUGAUGAGCCGAGACCUUCGUCAUCUGGCUCGGGUUCGACACGAAAUAGGGAGAGACAGGAUUUGUUGGAGGAUGAGGAGAUUAUACCCGGUCAGUAA